AUGGGCGUCCAGCUGUUUCGGAAGGCAGCACCUGUGCGGAGGAAUACUCUUGCUGCGACACCACUGAGGAUCUCUAAGAGUGCAGCCUUGGAAAUGGAAAUUUAUGUGUAUCAAGGGUUGGCUGGAAGAAGCACUAAUGAAGUAUUGCAGCUCUACUCUGCUCAUGGUCAGCAGCAGAAAUUGCAGAGGAGUUCUGUUGUAACCCAGCUGCAUGGAGCAAUAAAGAGGCUUAAGCAAGACCUGAAGAGCCUCCAUUCAUUUGCUCUUGAGCUUUCAAAAGACUUUCAGCGUCAAAGCAAGACUUAUCUUUACCAAGUUUUGACAGCAGUCCAACAGAUACAGCUGCAAAAUGAAGCAAUGCAAAUGUUUCAGAUAAAAGCUUUUGAUCUUGAGCAGUCUUUACUAGAGGUGACAGAGAGAUAUGAGAAAGAAAAGCAAAAGAGGAGAGCUCUACAUAACAGCUUAGUUGAACUGAGAGGAAAUAUCAGAGUCCACUGCAGGAUCCGACCAUUACUACCUUUUGAUACUGCUGCUGGACAUUCGAUAUCACAAGAUAGGCAAAGAAACUUUUCAGAAAAAGUGGCAUAUGCAGCUGAUGAUGAAACUGUCCUCGUAAAAUGUAGCCGUCCUGGUCAUGCAUCAAUAAACAAGACUUUUCAGUUUGAGAGAGUUUAUAAUGCUUUGGAGUCUCAAGACACAGUAUUUGCGGAUGUGGCCCCUUUGCUAACAUCUCUCCUGGAUGGGUACAAUGUGUGUAUCAUGGCUUAUGGGCAAACUGGAAGUGGGAAGACAUACACAAUGUUGGGACCACAGUUAGGGGAGAACUUUGCAUUCUCCAUAGAAGAUGAAUCAGAACUUGGAAUUAUUCCUCGAGCUACCCAAGAAGUGUUCAGGCUUAUUUCAGAAAAGCCACCAGGAAGUUACUGGGUUGAGGUUUCUGUUGUAGAAGUGUAUAAUAAUGAAAUUUUUGAUCUUCUGGCCAAAGACAGUUGUGGAAGAGUAUUUGGUGUCAAACGCGAUGUUGUCACAACCAGAGAAGGAAAGAGCGAUGUUCCAUUGCUUACGCAUGAGACUGUUGAAAAUGCAUCUGAAUUUUUGCAUCUAGUCAACAAAGGCCUACAGCUGAGAGUCAGGCACCCAACACUGGUGCAUGCUCAUUCCUCUCGUUCUCAUCUGGUAGUUACCUUGACCAUAACCACAAUCGUCUCUGGAGAUAACUUUGGUACUUCAUGGGAAGAUGAACAAACCAGUCAGAGACUAAAUAAAGAGGUUUCCUGCACCUUUCCGCAAAAAAUGAGAGACAAUAAAUCCACCUCUUCUUCCAGAGCCUCUUCACCGGCACAACUUGAAGCCUCUGAGAAACUGAAGCAAGUGAAAACUAGAUUGCAGCUGGUGGAUCUGGCUGGUAGCGAGUGCGUCGGUAUGUCUGGAGUGACAGGUGCAGCACUGAGAGAGACAUCAUUUAUUAACCGCAGCUUGUCUGCCCUAGCAGACGUUCUUGGGGCAAUAGCAGAACAGCGAUCUCAUGUACCAUAUCGAAACAGCAAACUUACGCAUCUGCUUCAGGACUCCGUAGGAGGUGAUGCUAAACUGUUGGUCAUGCUGUGCAUCUCUCCUGACCAGAAAUACUUAACAGAAUCCAUGCAGUCUCUGGGAUUUGGAGCUCGUGCUCGGCAAGUUCAGAGAGGACAAGUCAAGAAAAAAAAUUUCCCAGUGCAGAGUUCACUCGGACCUCCUGAAGGAGCGGCAGGGAUCUUCAGACAUGCAACUAAUGUCCUGAGGAACAAGGAAAACAGCGUGUGCAAGGCCCUAUACUUCUCUGCUAAUGCGAGGCACAGGCAGAACGAAACAAUUAUUGGAAAAGGCUUUCGGCUCCUGCUGUGGACAAGCAGUUGCAAGCUGAUGGGCUUGCAAGCCCCUUCCAACCAGAGGAAGAGGCAGCAGCGUCUGCUCACGGAGGAGCAGACUGGCCCAGAGUGCAGGAACGCCAAAGGUACCACGGCCUUUCACAAAACCAACUUGGUGUUUGAGCAACGACAUUAA